CAAGGAGCUACUGGAGAGGGUCCAGCGGAGGUCACAAAGACGAUGUGGGGUCGGGAGCAUCUCGCAUAUGAGAAGCCAGGAAUGCAAAAUACCAAACCCACAUGCGGGCUGAGCCAUGUCGCAUUAUUGCUUGGGACCAGUAGAUGGCAACCACCCAUUGCAGUGUCACAGAUUCUCUCCUUACAACAACAUCUGCUCACAUUUCCACAAUGAGGGAAAGGAAGACAAUAGAUCCACUUCAUUCGUCCACAGAUCUGAGAGAAGGGAAGGAGAAGUUAAGACUGAGACGAGAGGUUGGCCUGAUUAGCAGUGUGUCAUUAAUUGCAGGCACCAUGAUAGGCUCAGGGAUCUUUAUGUCCCCUGAGUGGGUACUACAUCACAUGGGGAACCCUGCCAGCAGCCUGCUGAUCUGGGCAGCAUGUGGUCUCCUGGCCAUGUUUGGAGCCUUGUCGUACGCUGAGCUUGGAACAAUAAUUAAAGAGUCUGGAGGAGAAUAUAUUUACAUUUUGAGGAUUUUUGGUUCCUUUCCUGCUUUCCUUUUCGCCUACACUUCUGUCAUCCUGGUGAGACCAGCUGGUUUGGCAGCUGUCUGUCUGAGCUUUGCUGAGUAUGCCAUUGCGCCGUUCUACCCAGGAUGCUCAUCUCCGCAGGUUGCCAUCAAAUGUACAGCUGCUGCCUGCAUCCUGAUCUUAACUAUCAUCAACUGUCUCAACGUGAGGCUGGCAACAUCUGUUAUGAACAUUUUUACAGCUGCCAAACUCUUGGCUUUGUUGGUGAUUGUGGUGGGUGGAUUGGUGCUGCUUGCCAAGGGACAAACUCAGAGUUUUCAGAAUGGUUUUCAAGGCACAACUUCAGGUAUUGGGGCAGUUGGAGUGGCAUUUUACCAGGGACUCUGGUCCUAUGAUGGAUGGAACAACCUAAAUUAUGUGACUGAGGAGCUGAAGAAGCCUGAGGUGACCCUCCCCAGAGCUCUGAUGAUCGCCAUUCCUUUGGUUACGUGCCUGUAUUUGCUGGUAAACGUGAGCUACUUGGCAGCCAUGACUCCCUCUGAGCUGCUGUCUUCAGGAGCUGUGGCUGUCACCUGGGGGGACAAAGUCCUGGGCAGCUGGGCAUGGCUCAUCUCCCUGUCGGUGGCCCUGUCUACGUUUGGUUCAUCGAAUGGCACGUUCUUCAGCGGAGGCCGUGUGUGCUACAUUGCUGCCAGGGAGGGACAUAUGCCAGACAUUCUGUCCAUGGCUCACGUGAGAUGCCUCACGCCCUCCCCUGCUCUACUGUUUACAUCUGCAAUGUCUUUAAUAAUGAUAAUAUCAGGAAGCUUUACCAGUAUCGUAAACUUUUUCAGUUUUGUGGCAUGGCUUUUCUAUGGAAUGACUAUUUCUGGGCUCCUGUAUUUAAAAAUCAAGAAACCAGAACUGCCAAGAUCUUACAAGGUUCCAAUUAUCAUCCCCAUAAUUGUGCUGGUGGCAGCUGUGUACCUGGUGUUAGCUCCCAUCAUUGACCAACCCCAAAUAGAGAUCCUCUACAUCGUCCUGUUCAUCUUCAGUGGCAUCAUUUUUUAUUUCCCACUGGUUCGCUUUAAGUACCACCCUCGCUUCUUACAGAGAGCCACUUUACACCUCCAGUUGUUGCUGGAAGUUGCUCCAACUACCAGGGAUGCAAAUUGAGAUAACAUCCUCCCUUCACAUGGCUGGCUACACUUCAUGGUUUGUCCCAGUGCCUUGGUUUUCAAGGCUCAGAAAAUAUUCUUCUGUAAAGAGCAAUGAGUAGAAUGCGAGUGACACUAAGUGUCCAUGUGAGAUAGACUACAGCUUUGAUUCCUCAUGUUUCCCUAAAAUUCUGGAGACAUGUUUUUCUUCUUUUCAGCUCUGCCUUGGCAUUACAUAUAGAUUCCAAAGGAAUAUGUGCUUUUGUUUUUUUCAUCCCAAAAAGGGCUGUUUCUCAGGAUCUUAUCUCAUAUUUCAAGAUAAAAAGCAUCAAAAGAUAGACAAUUAAAUAUUUUUCCUAUAGCAGGCUGGAUGCCAAAGCCAUUCCUGGCAAUGCCUUUAAUUAUUUACACCUAGUUCUGCUCACUGUGACUACAGAGUUUCUCAAAUCAAUAAAGGAAAGGCUCUCCAUAGCCACAAGAAAUAAACUCUUUUUCACUCACAUAUUCACUCUGGGAAGAUUAUGCUUCUUCCAGCUCCAAGUGUACAGUCACAACAGUCCUUUCUCUGUCUCAGAAAUCAACCCACAUCUCCCACAGCAAGCCCUCUGACAUGAGACAAGAAGUGCUUUAAAGCUCUGUCAGUUUCCUUAGUUGAGAAUGUGCUUGUUAUCUGGGAUCCAUCCAUUCAUGAUGUGGGCACAAGCAGCAUCACUCGAGUACAAACAUUCACCCAUGUGCUUCCUGUGAUCCCCCCGAAGACAAAUAACUUCUUUUGUGACAAAAUGAGGAAAAAACAAAACAACUAAAAGCCUAGAGCAUAUGUGCCAGCAAGAUACUCUGACUAGGAAAUAAAGAAACCACAUACAUUAGGAGAAGUGUGGCCAGCAGAGCAAGGGAACAGUCUGUCUGUUUGGACUCAACACCUGAAAUCAUGCAUCCAUGCUGUUCAAGGGUAGAGUUGUGAAGACCACCUUCUUUGUAAUGGAAACUCAAGAGCAAUGGUUACAAGCUGUGGCUUGAGGUGUUCAGGCUGGACUUAGAAGAAAUGUGCCCCAUGAGGGCAGUGCAGCCUUGGAGCAGUGUGCAGAAAGGUGGUGAGAUCUCAGUUCUCACCUUUCCUACCACAGCCAUUUCCAUCAAUUUUUAUGAUUCUAAAGGCAUAGCACAAAAGUCACAGGCUGUGUUCUCACCCACACGUCACUGAAGUCACUGUUGUUUCCCAUUAUCCUGAGGUGCAACUGGUUUUUUCCUGCUCUAGGGGAAGGAGAGGUACUAUGAGCUGUUUUCUUCACAUUUUUCCAGCUGGUUCCAGGAUGGUACCCAUCCUGUCAGAGACUAAAAGGGUGUAGGAGUUAGUCGCUAAAAUGCCUUGUUAAAGUACUGAAAGUUAACUUUCUGUCAGCAUUCUUCUAUAGAACCUGCUACAAUCCUGCUACCUUUUACCUAACUUGCUGUGAUCCUAGAACACAGGUCACUUGAUCCUCCCUUUUCCAGCCCAUCUCAGAGCUGUGUAUCUGAUUACAAUCUCAUUCUGCAAUGUCACCCCUUCUGUUCCUCUGAGUGGUGAUGUGAGCAGCUACAGGGAUGUGCCAACAGUCUGUUGUUUCCAAGUGUUAGGUAUGAUAAUGGAUAGCCCAGAUGCCACUCAUCCAAAUCCUUAGCUUAAAUAGUAUUUAGGAGGAUUUCCUUCCACUGAUUUUUAGUGGAGUUGCCAACAAAGGCCAAUGAGGGAACAAUUUUUCCUUCUGAAUCUCCUGACAACAUAAAAUUUUUUGGGAUGCAUCUCUUAAAGGAGAGGAUGUUCUUAAAAUGACUGAUGAGGUUAGGAGCUCUAGAUUACCUUCCUCCCACUGCCCCAGGCUCUUCAUCUGAUGUCAGGGAAACUUAAAGGAGCUGCAUCACAGCUACUUACCUAAAAAUCAGAAUAAUACAAUUUCUCUGAUUAUGAUUUUUUUUAAACAAUCUAUUUUCUACCUAUUUAUGAAGCCUAUCACAUGGGGCUGUGCUCUUAUAAAGAACAUGAAAAGACACAGCACUUUGAAUAAAUAGCCUUUAUGUGUUACGGGUUUGUAUAUGGAUAUAAGGGAACUGAAAAGUUGCAAUUAUCAUACUUUGCACCAAUUUAAUUUUCUAUAAAUAUUAUUGUAACAAGAUGUUCUUUUUUUAUUUAUUUUGCCUAGGAUUUUCAGGUGUUUGUAAUGCCAAAACAAGAUGCUGAAAGCUCAGAUAAUUGCAAGAUAAUUACAAUAAAAUGGGCAUUACAAUAAAGUGA